AAUCAAGGGGGCCUCAAGCUUCAGUGCUGAGCAAGAAGCACAGGCACUAAGGAAGGCUAUGAAGGGAUUUGGCACAGAUGAAGAUGCCAUCAUUGACACCUUGACCAAACUAAACAUUUCCCAACGUCAGCAAGUUCUGAUCACGUAUAAAAGCACUAUUGGCAGGGAUCUGAUUGAUGACCUGAAGUCUGAGCUGAGUGGGAACUUUGAAAGGGUCAUCGUUGGUAUGAUGACUCCUGCCAUCAUGUACGACGUGCGUGAACUGAGGAGGGCUAUCAAGGGAGCAGGAACAGAUGAAGGUUGCCUGAUUGAAAUCCUGGCUUCUCGCUCAAACGAAGAUAUUCGGCGCAUUAAUGAGAACUACCAACUUGAGUAUGGCCGUACUCUUGAGGAGGACAUUGUCUCUGACACAUCUUCCAUGUUUCGAAGAGUCCUCGUGUCCCUCUCGACGGGUAAUAGAGAUGAGGGGACCUAUGUGGAUGAUGCCCUUGCUCAACAAGAUGCUCAGUGCCUGUAUGAAGCUGGGGAGCAGAAAUGGGGAACAGAUGAGGUACAGUUCAUGGCCAUCCUCUGUACACGGAACAGAUACCACCUGCUAAGAGUUUUUGAUGCCUACAGAGGAAUUGCUAAUAAGGACAUAACAGAGAGCAUUAAAUCUGAGAUGUCAGGAGACCUGGAAGAUGCUUUGUUGGCUGUGGUAAAGUGCAUGCGGAAUAAACCUGCAUAUUUUGCUGAAAGGCUGUAUAAAUCUAUGAAGGGCUUGGGAACAGACGACAACACACUGAUCCGAGUGAUGGUGUCCCGCUCUGAAAUAGAUAUGCUGGAUAUCAGAAGGGAAUUCCUGACCAUGUAUGGGAAAUCACUCUACUCCUUCAUUAAGGGAGACUGCUCAGGAGACUAUAGGAAAGUGCUGCUCAGACUCUGUGGUGGGGAGGAUUAAAGGAUGCCUGGUUACUGUCUGGGUGAUGGGAAGGGGCUGAUCCUA